GGAUGGGCCCGCGCAACCAAAAAUUCUCAGUCGUUCCCCUUUUCGAAUGAUUACAUUUUGAUUGAUUUUUGACGUUUCUGUGAUUGAUUCCUGACCGAGAUGCUAUAUGCCACAUGCCGCAACAUUUUGAAAGUGGCUACGAUAUUUUCAUUCUUGAUAGUUACUGGGGAAAAUGCCAUAUUUGAGUCGCGCUUGUGGAGCCAAGAUUUUCUAUGAGACGAAAGGACCAAUACAUGGAAUCCCAGUCUUGUUGUUGGCGYCGGGAGGCAUGCGAUCCUCUAUUGGAAAAUGGGAAAUGUCUCCGUACAACCCAUGGAUGAGGCUUUCGUCAAAAAAUGAGAAGCACGGUAAAUUUCUUCUGAUUGGAAUGGAUCAACGCUUUGCGGGCCGAUCAACCGGGACGGUGAACAAAGAUGAUGGAUGGCACACAUUCCUUGGGGACCAACUGGCUCUCCUGGACCACCUCCGCGUCCCUAAAUGCCAUAUCUUGGGAAGCUGCAUUGGUCCAUCCUAUGCCCUUCAGCUAAUGAAAAUGGCACCCGAGCGGUUUGGACGAUGCGUCAUGCUUCAACCAAUCGGGCUGGCACAUCACACAACAGAACCGGGAGAAGCAUGGGAAGGACUGAAUUCGGAUGCAUCGUGGGAUUGGGUGAACAGCUGGGCUGAUGAAAUGAUUGGAACGAAAAAAAGCUCGGACCGAAGCAUCCUGAACGAUCUAUACUACAAUAUGUUUGUGGCUCAACCACAUAGAGAAUUUGUGUUCAGUAUUACUCGUCAAGAUGCUGCCAGAAUACAACAACCCUUGCUGAUUUUCAUGGGGAAAGACAUCUAUCACCCUUCCGAAACUUCUAGACAAAUAUCUCGGAUUGUGAAAAAUACCGAGCUGGUCGAAGUAUGGCGUGAUGCUGGUCCUGAGAAGAUAAACGCGGCUGCUUCUAAGAUUUCAUCUUUUUUGCUUACUGAUACGUUUAGUUCGACUCCCCCAAGGUAGCAAUAAGAACUAGGGAAAAAGAGAAGAAGCUCAGAAAAGCUAUUUUAAUCACAUGCAUCACAUC